CUGCCUGACGCGCUGAAGUGUCAUAAAAAUCUCGUGACCUUGGCGGUUUCGUGUUUGCGCGUAGAUAUUUUUCUUCAUUUUGCACCUUUUUCACCGACAAGAUAAACAAUGGCCCGGCAAUUGGCGCGCCUUGGACAGCUGGACAUCAAGAAGACCCUGUUCCUGCUGUGUGACAUCCAGGACAAAUUCAAGCCUGGCAUGAAACUCUUCGAUCAAAUGGUCAACAAUAGCAAGAAAUUGGUCGCCGCCAGCAAGUAUCUCGAUGUGCCUCUGAUCGUCUCUGAGCACUAUCCCGAGAAGCUGGGACGGAUUGUGAAGGAUCUGGACGUGAGCCAUGCCAAAUUAAUUUACGGAAAGACGCUGUUCAGCAUGGCGACUCCGGAAAUGCGGCAGAAAGUGGUGGAGCUCUUCCCCGACGGCCUGGAAUCCAUUGUCCUCUUCGGGCUGGAAUCGCACAUCUGCCUGGAGCAAACGGCUGUCGACAUGUGCGACAUGGGCUAUCAAGUGAACAUCGCGGCCGAUUGCGCCAUGUCCCGCUCCCUGGAGGACCGUGCGAUCGCGAUGCAGCGCAUGAGAGAGAUCGGCUGCCACAUUACCACCAGCGAAAGUAUCAUCUUCAAGCUCAUGAAAGACAAGAACCACCCGAAAUUCAAUGAAGUGCGAAAACUGGUUACCUUCACGUCUGAGGACACGGGAUUGUCCAAGUUGUGAUGAUGCUGAAGUGUUGCGCGGGACACAUGAAAGGAAGGUGCGAUGCGGCGGCGAAAUAUUUCGGCAAUGUGCAUUUAGAGAGCGAAUAAGAAUGGUAAAAAGGGAAGCGACAACUGGCGCAGCCAUAAUAUAAUAUGGGAAGGGGGAGAAAAGACAGGUAAAAAUGUUUAAUAAUCCACUUUACAUAACUGUACAAUGCUUGGGGGAUUCUUUGAGUGAACAUUUAUAAGACAAAAAAUAAUUGUUAAUGUAAAAAAAAUAUCAACAUCGCAGCGCGAUGUAGCAUUUCACUUGUGUGUACAUAAACACAAUUUCAUUUCCCAUUGAUGAAAAGUAUAUCGCUGAUUGAAAUCUGCAAAGGAGAUGAGUGAGCAUUAAAUGUUGGCCAGAAAUCAUCCACUGCCGAACACAAUGGUGAAUGCUGUACGUACUGUUCUUUUGAUUAUUCUUUCCGCGGCAUCUCUAAUUGAAUUCGCGAAGACUCGACGACGGUUUGUGUCUUCUUAGUGGAGCGACGGCAGUCAGGCGUCCGUCCAAAUUGUGCACUUCUUCGAGCGGUCCACCGUGGCGAGGACCGAGCUGAAGGGAUGCCAGGACGUGGCGGUGACUGCGGACCUGCCGAAAAAUGCGCCAUUCCUCAUGAAUACGCAUCAGAGAGGCCAAAUGAUUUUACCACUCAAACCACAGUGAACAAUUGCAGAUCAACAGUGAGAGACUUGUGCAUGCUUUUGCCAUCCUUCUUUAGCGACCUUUACCGUGUCUGAGGCUAGUCGAUUUUUGCAUAUACUUUGAGUGAAGCUUAAUAAAUAAAAUCUAAAGGGAGUGGCUUAGAUGAUAAGACUAUACAUUAUAAAUAUAAUACAUGUGCCUUCCGAGAAGUGUCCAAAUUGCAGUGAUUCUCGAGCAGUCUUGGUGAUGAGGAUGUACUUUUGAAGUAAAAUAAAUACUUUGCAAAGCAAA